AUGACUACUAGCAAUGAAAGUAGUGCUACCACUGAAUCAUCUAUCACAACGACUCAAACGCAGUCUUUGUCAACAACAAGAACAGGCAAUGGCACAACCAAUCCAAUGACUCACCUAAGUACUACGGCAGAGACACCAGCAGAAAUAUCUUCCAACAGUCCAGCCACAACUGGAUUCUCCACAGAAACAACGCUGCCUUUGUCAACAACAAGAACAGGUGAUGACACAGCGACUUUAAACCCCUCCAAAACAGAAUCCAGCACCUCUUAUUCCUCCUCACCUGUAUCAAAGAGUGCUUCUCAGGCAAGCGAGCAAACUGCUCCUGUCGGUGUCAGUGGGCAGGGGUCUCCGGUCACAAGUAAUGCUCGCACCGAAGAAACAGCCUCUACUCCUUCUGCGACUGUCAUGGAAUCCAGCUUGGGUGUUACGUCGACAAAAGCUGAAUUAUCAGUGGUUACCUCUGAACUGAGUACACAGGAGGAGGUAACAUCUUCCUCUAACCAAAGAACUCUGAACGACGUAACUGCAACAGACCUGAGCCAUUCCUCAGUGCGUUCGACUGCAGAGAUGCCCAGCACAGAUACAGAGAAGUCAGCUCUUCCGGUGAGCACUGUUAUUCCGGACAGCAGCACAGUGGCACCAACCGCAACAUCUACCGUCACCACUAAUAGUCCUUCGCAGACAGAGGUUUCUCAAAUCACUGGCAGUAGUAACUCCGUUCCAAACACAGAAAGAGUACUCAUAGGCAGCACACGUAGCGACAUAACUGAUAGAGAAUCCAACACCCCACCUGCCUUCACGGAGAAGGUCUCCUCUACUGCUUCUGUACCUUCUGAAUUGGGUGAUGAAAGUACAGCUUCUGUAGGAACCAAUCCAAUGACUCACCUAAGUACUACGGCAGAGACACCAGCAGAAAUAUCUUCCAACAGUCCAGCCACAACUGGAUUCUCCACAGAAACAACGCUGCCUUUGUCAACAACAAGAACAGGUGAUGACACAGCGACUUUAAACCCCUCCAAAACAGAAUCCAGCACCUUUUAUUCCUCCUCACCUGUAUCAAAGAGUGCUUCUCAGGCAAGCGAGCAAACUGCUCCUGUCGGUGUCAGUGGGCAGGGGUCUCCGGUCACAAGUAAUGUUCGCACCGAAGAAACAGCCUCUACUCCUUCUGCGACUGUCAUGGAAUCCAGCUUGGGUGUUACGUCUACAAAAGCUGAAUUAUCAGUGGUUACCUCUGAACUGAGUACACAGGAGGAGGUAACAUCUUCCUCUAACCAAAGAACUCUGAACGACGUAACUGCAACAGACCUGAGCCAUUCCUCAGUGCGUUCGACUGCAGAGAUGCCCAGCACAGAUACAGAGAAGUCAGCUCUUCCGGUGAGCACUGUUAUUCCGGACAGCAGCACAGUGGCACCAACCGCAACAUCUACCGUCACCACUAAUAGUCCUUCGCAGACAGAGGUUUCUCAAAUCACUGGCAGUAGUAACACGGUUCCAAACACAGAAAGAGUACUCAUAGGCAGCACACGUAGCGAUAUCACUGAUAGAGAAUCCAACACCCCACCUGCCUUCACGGAGAAGGUCUCCUCUAUUGCUUCUGUAGCUUCUGAAUUGGGUGAUGAAAGUACAGCUUCUGUAGGAACCAAUCCAAUGACUCACCUAAGUACUACGGCAGAGACACCAGCAGAAAUAUCUUCCAACAGUCCAGCCACAACUGGAUUCUCCACAGAAACAACGCUGCCUUUGUCAACAACAAGAACAGGUGAUGACACAGCGACUUUAAACCCCUCCAAAACAGAAUCCAGCACCUCUUAUUCCUCCUCACCUGUAUCAAAGAGUGCUUCUCAGGCAAGCGAGCAAACUGCUCCUGUCGGUGUCAGUGGGCAGGGGUCUCCGGUCACAAGUAAUGCUCGCACCGAAGAAACAGCCUCUACUCCUUCUGCGACUGUCAUGGAAUCCAGCUUGGGUGUUACGUCUACAAAAGCUGAAUUAUCAGUGGUUACCUCUGAACUGAGUACACAGGAGGAGGUAACAUCUUCCUCUAACCAAAGAACUCUGAACGACGUAACUGCAACAGACCUGAGCCAUUCCUCAGUGCGUUCGACUGCAGAGAUGCCCAGCACAGAUACAGAGAAGUCAGCUCUUCCAGUGAGCACUGUUAUUCCGGACAGCAGCACAGUGGCACCAACCGCAACAUCUACCGUCACCACUAAUAGUCCUUCGCAGACAGAGGUUUCUCAAAUCACUGGCAGUAGUAACUCCGUUCCAAACACAGAAAGAGUACUCAUAGGCAGCACACGUAGCGACAUAACUGAUAGAGAAUCCAACACCCCACCUGCCUUCACGGAGAAGGUCUCCUCUACUGCUUCUGUAGCUUCUGAAUUGGGUGAUGAAAGUACAGCUUCUGUAGGAACCAAUCCAAUGACUCACCUAAGUACUACGGCAGAGACACCAGCAGAAAUAUCUUCCAACAGUCCAGCCACAACUGGAUUCUCCACAGAAACAACGCUGCCUUUGUCAACAACAAGAACAGGUGAUGACACAGCGACUUUAAACCCCUCCAAAACAGAAUCCAGCACCUCUUAUUCCUCCUCACCUGUAUCAAAGAGUGCUUCUCAGGCAAGCGAGCAAACUGCUCCUGUCGGUGUCAGUGGGCAGGGGUCUCCGGUCACAAGUAAUGCUCGCACCGAAGAAACAGCCUCUACUCCUUCUGCGACUGUCAUGGAAUCCAGCUUGGGUGUUACGUCGACAAAAGCUGAAUUAUCAGUGGUUACCUCUGAACUGAGUACACAGGAGGAGGUAACAUCUUCCUCUAACCAAAGAACUCUGAACGACGUAACUGCAACAGACCUGAGCCAUUCCUCAGUGCGUUCGACUGCAGAGAUGCCCAGCACAGAUACAGAGAAGUCAGCUCUUCCGGUGAGCACUGUUAUUCCGGACAGCAGCACAGUGGCACCAACCGCAACAUCUACCGUCACCACUAAUAGUCCUUCGCAGACAGAGGUUUCUCAAAUCACUGGCAGUAGUAACUCCGUUCCAAACACAGAAAGAGUACUCAUAGGCAGCACACGUAGCGAUAUCACUGAUAGAGAAUCCAACACCCCACCUGCCUUCACGGAGAAGGUCUCCUCUAUUGCUUCUGUAGCUUCUGAAUUGGGUGAUGAAAGUACAGCUUCUGUAGGAACCAAUCCAAUGACUCACCUAAGUACUACGGCAGAGACACCAGCAGAAAUAUCUUCCAACAGUCCAGCCACAACUGGAUUCUCCACAGAAACAACGCUGCCUUUGUCAACAACAAGAACAGGUGAUGACACAGCGACUUUAAACCCCUCCAAAACAGAAUCCAGCACCUUUUAUUCCUCCUCACCUGUAUCAAAGAGUGCUUCUCAGGCAAGCGAGCAAACUGCUCCUGUCGGUGUCAGUGGGCAGGGGUCUCCGGUCACAAGUAAUGUUCGCACCGAAGAAACAGCCUCUACUCCUUCUGCGACUGUCAUGGAAUCCAGCUUGGGUGUUACGUCUACAAAAGCUGAAUUAUCAGUGGUUACCUCUGAACUGAGUACACAGGAGGAGGUAACAUCUUCCUCUAACCAAAGAACUCUGAACGACGUAACUGCAACAGACCUGAGCCAUUCCUCAGUGCGUUCGACUGCAGAGAUGCCCAGCACAGAUACAGAGAAGUCAGCUCUUCCGGUGAGCACUGUUAUUCCGGACAGCAGCACAGUGGCACCAACCGCAACAUCUACCGUCACCACUAAUAGUCCUUCGCAGACAGAGGUUUCUCAAAUCACUGGCAGUAGUAACACGGUUCCAAACACAGAAAAAGUACUCAUAGGCAGCACACGUAGCGAUAUCACUGAUAGAGAAUCCAACACCCCACCUGCCUUCACGGAGAAGGUCUCCUCUAUUGCUUCUGUAGCUUCUGAAUUGGGUGAUGAAAGUACAGCUUCUGUAGGAACCAAUCCAAUGACUCACCUAAGUACUACGGCAGAGACACCAGCAGAAAUAUCUUCCAACAGUCCAGCCACAACUGGAUUCUCCACAGAAACAACGCUGCCUUUGUCAACAACAAGAACAGGUGAUGACACAGCGACUUUAAACCCCUCCAAAACAGAAUCCAGCACCUCUUAUUCCUCCUCACCUGUAUCAAAGAGUGCUUCUCAGGCAAGCGAGCAAACUGCUCCUGUCGGUGUCAGUGGGCAGGGGUCUCCGGUCACAAGUAAUGCUCGCACCGAAGAAACAGCCUCUACUCCUUCUGCGACUGUCAUGGAAUCCAGCUUGGGUGUUACGUCUACAAAAGCUGAAUUAUCAGUGGUUACCUCUGAACUGAGUACACAGGAGGAGGUAACAUCUUCCUCUAACCAAAGAACUCUGAACGACGUAACUGCAACAGACCUGAGCCAUUCCUCAGUGCGUUCGACUGCAGAGAUGCCCAGCACAGAUACAGAGAAGUCAGCUCUUCCGGUGAGCACUGUUAUUCCGGACAGCAGCACAGUGGCACCAACCGCAACAUCUACCGUCACCACUAAUAGUCCUUCGCAGACAGAGGUUUCUCAAAUCACUGGCAGUAGUAACUCCGUUCCAAACACAGAAAGAGUACUCAUAGGCAGCACACGUAGCGACAUAACUGAUAGAGAAUCCAACACCCCACCUGCCUUCACGGAGAAGGUCUCCUCUACUGCUUCUGUAGCUUCUGAAUUGGGUGAUGAAAGUACAGCUUCUGUAGGAACCAAUCCAAUGACUCACCUAAGUACUACGGCAGAGACACCAGCAGAAAUAUCUUCCAACAGUCCAGCCACAACUGGAUUCUCCACAGAAACAACGCUGCCUUUGUCAACAACAAGAACAGGUGAUGACACAGCGACUUUAAACCCCUCCAAAACAGAAUCCAGCACCUUUUAUUCCUCCUCACCUGUAUCAAAGAGUGCUUCUCAGGCAAGCGAGCAAACUGCUCCUGUCGGUGUCAGUGGGCAGGGGUCUCCGGUCACAAGUAAUGUUCGCACCGAAGAAACAGCCUCUACUCCUUCUGCGACUGUCAUGGAAUCCAGCUUGGGUGUUACGUCUACAAAAGCUGAAUUAUCAGUGGUUACCUCUGAACUGAGUACACAGGAGGAGGUAACAUCUUCCUCUAACCAAAGAACUCUGAACGACGUAACUGCAACAGACCUGAGCCAUUCCUCAGUGCGUUCGACUGCAGAGAUGCCCAGCACAGAUACAGAGAAGUCAGCUCUUCCAGUGAGCACUGUUAUUCCGGACAGCAGCACAGUGGCACCAACCGCAACAUCUACCGUCACCACUAAUAGUCCUUCGCAGACAGAGGUUUCUCAAAUCACUGGCAGUAGUAACUCCGUUCCAAACACAGAAAGAAGUACUCAUAGGCAGCACACGUAG